AUGGCGGUUGAAAAGAAUGUGCCUGAAUGUAAUGUUGAACACCAUGAGCACCUGAACACGACCAGUUCUGAUCCAGUUACAACUGAGGAAACAAAUGAUACCGAUAAAAAUUCUGAUGCUGAUAUAGGAGUGAAUUCCCAUACUAAAGACGAGGAGAAUAAGGUUGAUCUAAAAGAUGAUGAGCCUAAAAUUUCCUAUGCAGCAAAAGUGCAGAUGUCAACUGAAAAAAAGAAAGCUAAUUUCAGGAAACUUGAAGCAAAGGAGGCCAGAGAGGGUGUGGACAUUGUUAUUCCAAGGGAUUAUGUUCGUGAGGUUAAUAACCGGUUCCAAAAUACUCCGGUAGGAUACUUUUUAGGUAAACAACUUGCUUUUCCUGUGGUCAAAAAUUUUGCUAAGAAUAAUUGGAUGAGGUUUGGAAUUUCAAAAGUAAUGAUGAACGCAAAUGGUUUCUUCUUCUUUAAAUUUAAUGAUAAAAAUGGAAUGAAUAAAGUCCUGGAAGAGGGACCAUGGAUGAUCCGUAGUGUCCCAUUGUUACUCAAUAUAUGGACACCAUUUAUGUCGCUUAAGAAAGAGGAGAUAAGGAACAUAACGGUGUGGGUUAAACUACAUGAUGUUCCUAUGGCUGCCUAUACGGUGGAUGGAUUGAGUCUUUUAGCUACCAAGUUGGGUAACCCAAGGACGCUUGACACUUAUAUAAACAUAAUGUAG